AUGAUGUGCACACUUCUCGCCCUUGUCACCUUGACAGCUGCAAAGACACAAUCGAUCGUGUGGCUCACAUCAGCCACGACGCAUAAACCUGGCCUCUAUCUGGUUUGGCUGUCAGCCGGCCCAAGUGCACUUGGAUCAAGCAUUGCGGGAAUGUCGACCGUAUGCAAUUCCAGCAACACCAAGUUCACCUGCUCUGGCGAUAUCAACAAUGGUUUGGUCGUGGGUCCCGACGGCCGAGAGAUCCAGGCACUUAACGACUCGCUCGUCAAUUGCAAGCCAGGAUUGUAUUCUGUCUACCUCAGUGGCGGAUCGGCCGAUCUGGGCAAGAGCAUCGGUGGCUUGUCCAUGGCUUGCGGCUCAACAAACUUACACUAUGUCUGUCAAGAUGCCGCUGGUGGCGGCAACAUCGUUAACGGUGCAGGAGAGGACAUUGUCGCUCCUGGCGGCUCAUAUGUCGCUUGCGUACCCUGGGUGCCUCCCAUUUUCUGCUGA